AUGGAGAAUGGUGACGAGACUUGGCUUGACAACCAGCCCGAUAACAUAGCGCCAAAUGUUUUUGUUGAUCUCCCGAAUGGCGACGAGAAUAACUAUGGGAACAACGACUUAGGGAACACUCUAAGGGAUGAAAUAGUAAUGCAAAUGUGGGAAAACUUGAUGACUUCUAAGUUUGAUAAAUCAUUUCUUUUAUAUAUACAGUCGUGGCCAGAAAUAGCCAAGUUCCAGAAUAAGCCCUUUCCCCUCUACGAUAAGCUUGGUGAUCUGUAUGAUGGGCAUAUAGCAGAAGGUAACUUCAAUUUCACAUCAACUGAGGUUACAGAAGUGAGUGAUGGUGAUCUCGAAGUUGAAAGAGAGAAGACUUCUUUCUCUUUUGACCUAAAUCAAUACGGUGAUGAUUUACACAUGUAUGAUGAUCCAAGAGAUGCCGCCCCAAGUGAUGGUCCAAGUGAUGCUGCCCCAAGUGAUGGUCCCAGAGGUGCUGCCCCAAGUGAUGGUCCAAGAGGUGCUGCCCCAAGUGAUGGUUCAAGAGAUGCCACACAAAGAGGUGGUGUUGCUACUUCAAAUAACAAGCAUGUGAAGGAAUCAAAGAAGGGUAAGAAGCGUGAUGAUCCUAUGGUGGAAGUGAUGUCACAAUAUGUGGAGAUAAAACAGAAGCAAGCGGAGGAGGAGUCUGCUCUAUUGGCCGGGGCAAAAAAUGCCCAAGAAUUCUCCAUCAGCAAGUGCAUUGCUAUCUUUCUUAAUUCUGCCGCCGAAGAUGAAGAGAGUGUUGCAGUGUUUCUUCAGAGCGAAAUGGCAGAAUUGACUCAACAUACUUAA